CAUUACAUCAUAGCGCACACUCACAUGUAUUCGCGUAAUUCUGGAACAUAUGACAGCUAGACAGUGACAGUCACCCAGGCAGUGGUGUGGAGGAGAUCUGUCUCUUGCUUCCAGGAAGCUCUGAUCGUCGCCUUGUGUGGUCACUGGACUCAGGAUGAAGGAUCGCACCCGGGAGCUGCGUGCUGCAAAGGACAGCGAUGAAGAUGAUGAAGUGGCUGUCAGCCUUGAUCGAGAUCGCUUUAUGGAUGAGUUUUUUGAACAGGUGGAAGAGAUCAGAGGAUUCAUUGACAAGAUAGCAGAGAAUGUGGAAGAAGUCAAGCGAAAACACAGCGCCAUCCUGGCGUCACCUAAUCCAGAUGAAAAAACCAAGGCAGAUCUGGAGGAAUUGAUGUCAGAUAUCAAGAAGACGGCCAACAAGGUCCGCUCCAAACUGAAGAAUAUUGAACAAAGUAUUGAGCAGGAGGAGGCAAUCAAUCGCUCGUCUGCCGACCUACGUAUACGCAAGACUCAGCAUUCAACUCUGUCUCGGAAGUUUGUGGACGUGAUGUCUGAAUACAACGCCACGCAAUCCGAUUACCGCGAGCGAUGCAAAGGCCGCAUCCAAAGACAACUAGAAAUCACUGGAAGAACCACGACAAGUGAAGAGCUAGAGGAUAUGUUGGAGAGUGGAAACCCUGCCAUUUUCUCUUCCGGGAUAAUCAUGGACUCCAACAUCACUAAACAGGCUCUAAAUGAAAUUGAGACUCGGCAUAGUGAGAUCAUCAAACUAGAGAACAGCAUCCGAGAGCUUCAUGACAUGUUCAUGGACAUGGCAAUGUUGGUGGAGAGUCAGGGAGAGAUGAUAGACCGCAUAGAGUACAAUGUGGAACAUGCCGUGGAUUAUGUGGAAAGAGCCGUCUCGGACACCAAAAAGGCUGUCAAGUACCAAAGCAAAGCCAGGAGGAAGAAGAUCAUGAUCAUUAUCUGUUGUGUGGUGCUUGGUAUUGUCAUUGCAUCAACGUUUGGAGGGAUUUUUGCAUAGGGGCCUCUGUAGAUCGCAUAUUCUGGACAUAGCAGAAAUGCGGCCUAACAGUGCGAGCCGCACUACCCGUCCGUGGGGGACUGACGGCGAAAACACGCUUCCCGAAUGGAGAGCCCCUCUGCAUGACAACCCCGUGUGUAACCCAGCGCACAUACCCAGUGAGAGAUUUCACUAUUCUGUGUGGGAGGGGGAGGAACAGGUGUAACGAUUUCCGACCGCUAACCAGCACAUGGUGGAUUCAUCUUGGUUCUUUCCAUCAAGAGGAGCUGUCCUUUCAGCAGUGGGCCCAUCCCGAUACUUUGAAGAGAUCAAUAUAAGAUUGGACAUUCAAUACUAUGUUUAUAUUCUGUCCCACCGCCCACUUGAUGCCUUUCAGGUUUGGACCAAGAUUUAUCUCUGCCGCAGCCAACUAGAGACCAGUGUUGAGCCACAUUGCCAAGCAUAGUCAACACUUUCUUUUACUUACGCACCGCACAUUCCUCCUCCUCUGAAAAUAAAAAUACUUUGGGACAGAGCGCUGGGAAAAGACUAUGUUGGCCUCCCCUUUGCAUGAUAGGGGCUCAGUGUUUGGUUAAACUUUUCAAGGUUGGAACCUGUUUUGUGUGACCCUUGCCCUUUACCGACACCUCUCCUGGAGAGGGGCAUAAAGUUUUUUUUGUUUUUUUUUGUUUUGUUUUUUUACAUUAAGUGCAUACAUCCUCAUUUUUUUGGUAAUUCUGUGUGCAAGGUGUUCACCUGUGUGUCUCUCUACUCCACAUAUGCAGACUUGUGAGGCAAGUCCACAGUUACAGAAGCUGCGAAGAUGUCACAGUAGGGCAGUGCAACGCCAUCAGCUGAGUUUGUGAUGGUAAACCAAGCCCUGAUGUGCCUUACGGCUUGAACCAGUCGGGAGUUAACUCUUUCAGGGCUGCAAAGGCAUUUCAUUUCUUCCCAGCCUUGAAAGGAUUAAUCACCAGCAUGCUUUGUGAGGAGAGUUUUAUAUUUGGUGUUAUAUCUUACUGAUGUAUUUUUGUCUGCACCCCUUGUGUGACAUUUAAUAAAAGAUGUGAGUUUAAGAUACUA